AUGGAAAACACGGGGCGCUUCCCUGCGUUCGAUUCCGGGAGCCAUUAUGGUAUUCAAGGGACACAGAUUUCUGAUGCUAACAAUGCCAAAAAUUUCAUGCUGGACGAAAUUAUGAUGGGCACCGAGCCACAUAUUAAUAGUCAAAUACAACAGUACGAGGAGCCACUCCCCGAUCUUGGGACUGAGGACUUCGCCACCAUGAGCGACCAAGACUUUCUGGCUUUGUUUGCGCAAUGUAAUGCCGCUCAAAACAAUGGGACUCCCAGUGCCAAUGCUAAUGCUGGCCCUGCGGCCCAUGCUUAUGGCCCAGUGCCUGAUUCCACAGUCCUGGCAGCAACGGCCACCCAAGAUCCGAACUAUCAUGAAUCUGAGAACGCAGAUGUCAAUUCGUCUUACCUGAGUAUCAUACAAGGUAACUCAGUUGGAAAUCCGGCAGACAAUGGUUUUGUGCCCCUCACAGACUUAAAAGUCGUCAACCAGCAUGCCGAAGCGCUGGUUGUUACGUUGGGACAUAUUCGAGUUCAGGCCUUAGGCGGGCUGGACUUUCUCCGUCAACUACAUAAUCAAUCACUGAACUUUUAUAUGGACUGUCUUCGCAAACCUAAUGAUGCGGGUGACGAUAGUUGGCAACGGUACUUGGAGGAAAUGAGGUUGAGCUACAAUAUGUUGAGGGACUAUCAGAUGCAAUCUUACAAGACUAUGUGCGGCUCCAUACGCAUAUGGCUUCGUUAUUACUACAAGGUUGUCAACCCAGAAACCCUUCGCAGAACCUCUGAAGAACUCCGUCAAUUCGUGGAUAUUCAACGUCACGUCGUGGGCUAUCGCCUUCCGGAAUGGCAAAACCACCCAGCAUUGGUCAUGAAACAAGAGAAAACUUGCCCUUCAUCCUGA